AUAGAGUAACUCUUAAACUCUUUUUGUUAACACACAGGUGUAUGAAGUGUAUGAGUUACGAUUACGAUGACAGCAGCGAACAAGAAUUGAAGAUCUGAGAAACCCAUCGCGGCAAUCCCAAUUCCAAAACUCAGCGAACUCAUUCACUCUUCAAAGAUCCAUCAACAUACCAAAAUUGCACCAUGACUCUCAAUCUUCGCCAGAAACAAACAGAAUGCAUCGCACGAAUGCUAAACCUAAAUCAACCGUUAAACGCAUCGGGAACAACAAACGAAGAAGCAUACAAAAUUCUCAUCUACGACAAAUUCUGCCAAAACAUUCUCUCUCCGUUAAUUCACGUCAAAGAUCUUCGCAAACACGGCGUUACUCUUUAUUUCCUCAUCGAUAAAGAUCGUAAACCCGUUCACGACGUUCCCGCCGUUUAUUUUGUUCAACCGAUUCAAUCCAAUGUUCAGAGAAUCAUCGCCGAUGCUUCUAGAUCUCUUUACCAGACUUUUCACCUCAAUUUUUCGACUUCAAUUCCUCGUCCUUUACUCGAAGAUCUCGCUUCUGGAACCCUAGGUUCUGAUUCGAUUCAGAGGAUUUCGAAAGUUCAUGAUCAGUAUCUUGAGUUUGUUACUCUUGAGGAUAACCUGUUUUCGUUGGCUCAGAAAUCUUGUUUUCUUCAGCUUAAUGAUCCUUCUGCUGGUGACCGUGAAAUUGAGGAUAUUGUUGAGAAGAUUGUUUCGGGAUUGUUUUGUGUUUUGGCGACGCUUGGUGUAGUGCCUGUUAUUCGUUGUCCGCGUGGUGGUCCGGCUGAAAUGGUUGCUACUGCUUUGGAUCAGCGGAUUCGUGAUCAUUUGUUGUCGAAGAAUAAUUUGUUUACUGAGGGUGGGAAUUUUGUUAGUUCUUUUCAGAGGCCUGUUUUGUGUAUUUUUGACAGGAAUUUUGAGCUUCCGGUUGCCAUUCAGCAUGAUUUUAGGUAUCGGCCAUUGGUUCAUGAUGUUCUUGGGUUGAAGUUGAAUAGGUUGAGUGUUCAGGGAGAGAAAGGUGGGAUGAGAUCUUAUGAGUUGGAUAGUGCUGAUACGUUUUGGGUUACGAAUGGGGGGUUAGAGUUCCCUGAGGUUGCGGGGGAGAUUGAGACUCAGCUGAAUAAGUAUAAGAGUGAUGUUGAUGAGGUGAAUAAGAGGACCGGAGGAAAUCACGGUGCUGAGUUUGAUGGGACGGAUUUGAUUGGUAAUACAAAGUAUUUGAUGAAUGCUGUGAACUCUCUGCCUGAGCUGACUGAGAGGAAGCAGGUGAUUGAUAAGCAUACUAACAUUGCUACUGUUUUGUUGGGUGAGAUCAAGGAGAGGUCACUUGAUUCUUAUGCUAAGAAGGAGAAUGACAUGAUGGUUAGAGGGGGUAUUGAGCGGAGUGAACUUCUUGGUGUGCUGAGAGGGAAGGGAACCAAGAUGGAUAAGCUUCGAUUUGCCAUCAUGUAUCUUAUUUCAUCGGAAACCAUUAAUCCGACUGAAGUGGAAGCUGUGGAAACAGCGCUGAGAGAGAGUGAGGUUGAUACUGCUGCUUUUCAGUAUGUGAAAAAGAUUAAGUCUCUGAAUGUUUCGUUGGCAUCGGCGAAUUCUGCUAGCAGAAGUAAUAUUGUUGACUGGGCCGAGAAGCUCUAUGGACAGUCAAUAAGUGCGGUGACUGCCGGUGUCAAAAAUCUCUUAUCUAGUGACAGGCAGCUAGCAUUGGCAAGGACUGUUGAAGCCUUGAUUGAAGGGAGACCAAAUCCUGAAACAGAUGGGUACCUGGCAUUCGAUCCUCGUGCUCCCAAGUCUGGUUCGGGAGCAAGUAGCAGCCUUUUGAAAGGGCCAUUUAAGGAAGCAAUUGUGUUCAUGAUUGGUGGUGGUAAUUAUGUUGAAUAUUGCAGUCUGCAAGAGCUUGCACAAAAUCAGCAGCCUCCCAAGCAUAUUAUAUAUGGAACGACCGAACUCUUAACUGGAGUGGACUUUGUAGAGCAGCUUACAUUGUUGGGGAAGAAGAUGGGUUUGGGUAAUGUUGGUUCUACCCCUCCUCAGUAGUUCAGAUGUGAAUGUAUCCACAAUUCGGCUUGCCAAAUUAUUCUUUAGUAUACAGAAGAAAACUCUCAGAUAUUAUGAGGUAAAACAGGAAAAAUCAAUCUGCUUUUGAUGUUCAUUGUCUAAAACUGAUGAAGGAUUUUGUGCUUUACAGUGCCUUCUUGAUUAUAAAGCAAGGGGAUCACUUCUUUGUAGUUUUUUGUAGCAUAGUCAAUUAUGCUUUAUUUCAUUGUAGUGAAAAGUUGUUUAUUGACAUGCACGACCUGCCUUUGAUGAUUUGUUUUCACUCCACAAAUGAGAUGUUAUGUUGAAAAUCAUAAUGUAUUAAUGAGAGCAAGCGUCUAAUUGGACA